GGAUCCUCUCCGCGUCAACUCCACUCAGACGGCACAGUGCUGGCCUUGUCGUGCUGGCGGCCGCGGCAGGAGUGCGGCGGAAGUCCUGCAGGCAGAGAAAGAGAUCCAUCCGCCCAGCGUCGGGUAUGAGCAGGCUGGCUCAGGCGGAAGAUGCUGAGACUGUGCAAUCGGCUUUAGAGCGCAAGGCGGAUGCAGUCCUGGAGAAGGUGAACAUCAAGGCUUGUCCGAGUGUGGGUGUCAAAAAACCGCCAAGCUCGACCUCAUGA